GCUACAACAGCUGCAAUUCAUGACCUUAUAUGGACUUAAAAUGUUGUCAUACUACCCGAUUAUGUCGGCUAUUCGCACACAUAUAAGUAUCGGAUCAUUCAUCGAUAGCCGAGGCAAGAGUGUAUAGGUUAUGUACAACGUAGUGCAUCAAAUAUAUACGCAGUUGAAAUCGAAAGAGACGCGGCUCAACUUUUGGAAACACAAAAAUUUUUUGUUACAUGAAUGAAAUACUUUUGGUAAAGAAUAUAAAAUGGAAAUCCUGCAGAAUUAUCCGGAGAGCGACGAUUCCUUGAAAUUUGCACUUUUGUCAAAAAAACUGUUCACCCUGACUCAAUCAAGAAUUUAUGAUAGAAAAUUGCUUAAUGAAUAUUUCAUGAGUAUUAACGACUUAGAUUAUAGAAAUAUUGUUAUAAAUGAUAAAAGCGCCAUGAUGCUGGUGAUAAACCAAUUGUGUUCAAUUAUUCAACCAAGUGAAGUUUCUCUAGUCAUAGGAUUCUCGCAGUUCCUUGUGAAUCUGGUAAAAUGUGGAAUCCGACUGCAGGGUAUAACUAAUACUGCUUGCAAGCGCUGGGUUGUUGAAAGCCUUAAGUUUUCAGAUUCAGCUGCUGCAUCUGACAUACUUUAUGCUUUGGAAAGUCUUCUAACAAAUGGACCUUUUGAUAGUAUUCAUCAAGAUCUAAGAAAAUUGUUAGGUGGAAAUUCAAUGAUACUUAAACACAUUUAUCCACAAAAUGUCAAAUGGAAUAAGGAGCAGCUUUUGGCCUUAGGUUGCUUGAAAAGUAUACUGCUAAUUACGGAGCAGAAUGAAAGCUCUGUUGCUCCAGAAUAUGCAUCGCUUAUGAAAAAAUUAGCUUUGCAAAUACUAACUAAAAUUCCUUCUGAAAAUUUAGACAAAAUGUACUUUAAUAAGAUUGCAAGUAUUUGUUUACGAAUACUAAGAAUUCUACUAUCUAAAAUAUUAAACUUAAACAGGACAGAUUCGAUUGGAGAAUUACUGGGCAUAAUACAAGUUUAUCUUUUCCAUGGUAUCGAGGGAUAUCACAAUUUAACGCCUCAAGAAUUACGCCCAGCCAUUAUGAAUUUACCAGAUAUACAGCAUCCUGUUCAAAAAAAGAAAUAUUUUAGAAAUAGAAAUUACAAAAUUAAAAAUAAAAAACAAUCGUCUAAAAAAGCUUCAUCUGAGAAUAAUAAUGUCCCUUAUGAGGUCAAGACUGCUAUUAAAUGCUCCAGUGACUCUGAUACUUCAGACUUUGAAAGAAGAGGCAAAGCUUGGGCAGAUUCCGAAGUUAGAAUAGAAGCUGCAUUCUUGUUCCAUUCUUUGGUUGAAUGCACACAAAACAAAGAACUUUUUGGCUACUGGACACAAAUAGUUGCAAGUGGAUCUAGACACGAUGCUAGGGUAUUGACGAGAUCUGUUUUACGUGAACCAUCUGCAAAAGCUCGACAAAUUGCUCUUAGUACACUCAAUGAUUUGUUAGUUGGGGCCAGAAACUUUUUGACUCACGCUGAACAUAUAGAGCAAAUGUCGUUUGUUUCGUUUUCCGGUAUGCUCAGUUUUGUGAUAACAGAAAUUCACUUUACCCUGUCUCUGUUGCUGAGCACGGAGAGGAACAUUGUUGUACUUACUCAAGGACUAAAGUGUGCAACUGCACUUAUCCAAGGAACGCCUUACUCUAAACUUAAACCUGGCCUUGCUACUAAAAUAAUGAGACAUGCAAGAUACCACUUAUUGCACAAAGAUCCUACCGUCAGAGUAGCAGCACUUUCAGUCUUUGAAGCUUUAUCUUUGUCAGAGCCAAUAACUGCUGAAAUUUUCGACAUCUUAGCCAGAUCUUCUAAUGCCAUUGACGCUGAUAUCGGAUUUUCAAGUUCAGAUUUCAACACUGCUAAAGAUGCAGAAACUGAAGAAGUAGUUGUUGAUGAUUUUGUUGACGAAAACAAUUAUUACGACUUUGACGAUGGUGAAGACGUCCAAGAAACGCACGAAAGCGCUAUAGUUCGAAUAUGUCUCAGAAACAUUAAAAAUAAAGUAGCCAACGAACCAGUCGUAUACCAAUCGUUAAAGUUAUUAGGAACAUUAGCUUUCAAUGCAAGCAGCUUAAUUUUCUCUCACUUAGAUGUAAUAGUCAGAACUUUGAUCGACAUUACAGACGAUCAAGAGUCGCAAACAGCACUUCACGCAUGUCGUGUAAUGGAAAUUAUUGCUGGCCGUUUGGCAGAUUCGAAAUCCGACGACGGAUCGACAUUUUGGAAUCUUGCAUUCAAUACCAUUAUAUCAUUGAUGCAAUAUCCUUUACAUUCCCUAAGAGAAGCAGCCUGUGAUUGCUUGGGAAAUAUUGGUUCCGAAAUGUUUGCUCAGCUCUCGAGAGACAAAAGCAUAAUAGUGAUAACAGUAUUAUUCGGAGCAGUGCGAGAUGACGAAAGUUGCGUGAGAGCAGCCGGUUUACGUGCCUUAGGUUUAUUGGUGAGUCUAGCGACUCUUGAAGAAGAUACUGGCUUCCUCAUGGAUUUAACGGAUGUAACGUGCACAGCUUCGGAAGACUGCAAUCUUGGCGUCAGAGUCAAAGCAGCUUGGGCUUUGGCAAGCUUAUGCGACACUCUUGUCAAACGAGAAUCCAAUAAAGAUGUGGAACCCAUACCGCUCGAAAUAGUACUGCCAAAGCUUUACAAGACUAGUGUCAAGGCUGCCAAAGACAAUGAAAAAGUUAAAAGCAAUGCAGUUCGUGCUAUUGGAAACAUAUUGUUUUUAUGUCCGGAUAGAUCCAUUAUAAAUGAUACCUCAUCUGCGUUUGAGGCUCUUAUUACUUGCGCCACAAUGGGAAAUGAUAUGAAGGUGAGAUGGAAUGCCUGCAGAGCUAUUGGUACAAUUUUAAGUCGUAAUCCAGAUGAAAUGCUACCCUUAGGGUGGAAAGACAAAGUAUUCCCAGGAUUGUGCGAUUUAGUGUGUAAUAGUCCAAACUUUAAAGUGCGUACAAAUGCAGCUUGGGCUCUUUCAGUUUGCAAUUCUUAUGAAAAAUACAUAGUUACUUUGUGGAAAAGUAUUAUCUUUGGUCUUGAGAACUCUCAGCAUGUUCCUAGUUAUAUUGAGUAUCCCCAUCGCGAUGCUCUUGUACAACAGCUGUGCAUUACCCUAUGUCACUUAGCAGUCCAUACAGAUAUAUCAGAACUUGAAAGUCUAUGGGUAGAAGUAAAAGAUCACUUCGAAGACCUUUCUCAACACCUCAAGCAUUUUCAAGAACAUGUUUUGCCAGAAAAAGCUGGAGACCUUAUUAAGGCUAAAGCCCAGUUUGCAUCAUUUGUUAAACAAGCGAUAAGAUCAAGUGAAAAGGAAGUGGCGUCAAACCUGCUAGAGUUAUUCCAAAGAGAAGAGAAAUACGACAACCUUGACGCCUCGUCGAUUUUAAAUUAAUGAGAGCCAUGCAUGGACAUGACAUAGACACUGUAUAUAAAAUCUGUUGACUUGUAUAUAUAUUGUUUACAAAUAAUUAAUUUAAUUUUUUAUUAAAAUAUAUAAUUUAUAAUACAGA